GCACAGACUAUUGUAUUCCUCUCGCAAAUUAGUCCCACAAUAAAACCCUCGAUCUUUUCUCUCACUUUCGCUGGCGCUGAUGACGGCGUUUAACGCUCAGAACUGGAAGUGGGAGAACGCCGUCGCCGGAUCAAUUGCCGGAUUCGCUACCGUCGCCGCCCUGCAUCCCCUCGACGUUGUCCGCACAAGAUUUCAAGUGAGUGAUGGAAGGGUUUCUGGUCUUCCGCUGUACAAGAACACGGCUCACGCUGUUUGUACUAUAGCCAGAAUCGAGGGUCUGAGAGGGCUUUAUGCAGGAUUCUAUCCUGCAGUUUUUGGAUCAACUGUUUCAUGGGGGCUAUACUUCUUCUUCUAUAGUAGAGCAAAAAAUAGGUAUCUGAGAGGUCGUGAUGAGGAGCUAGGCCCUGCGUAUCAUCUUGUUUCCGCUGCAGAAGCAGGGACACUGGUAUGUCUCUGUACAAAUCCUAUUUGGCUUGUGAAAACAAGAUUACAGCUUCAGACACCUUUUAAUCAGAAUCGACCUUAUUCCGGAUUUUAUGAUGCUUUGAGAACCAUUUUAAAGGAGGAAGGAUGGACAGCACUUUAUAGAGGAGUUGGGCCUGGACUGUUGCUUGUUACCCAUGGUGCAAUUCAAUUUACAGUUUAUGAGGAACUUCGUAAAAUUGCUAUCCAUUUGAAGGGCAAAGAAGAAAAGAUGAAACCUCGAAAUGCACUGAAUUCUUUUGAUUAUGCAGCACUUGGUGCUUCCUCCAAGUUUGCAGCCAUUUUACUCACAUAUCCUUAUCAGGUAAUUCGAGCCCGCUUACAGCAAAGACCUAGUACUGAUGGUAUCCCAAAAUAUUCAGAUAGUUGGCAUGUUAUAAAGGAAACCGCAAGGUUUGAGGGCUUACGCGGGUUCUAUAGGGGAAUCACUUCAAAUUUAUUGAAGAAUAUUCCAGCUGCUUCUAUAACCUUUGUUGUGUAUGAGAAUGUCCUCAGAUUGUUAAGGAUAACCAGAAAGAAUAGCAGAGACAUCUAAUUGGUUCGAUAUUUAUAAAUUAGCGAGAAGGUAAAAUGGGAAGCAAAUGCUUGCAUAAUUUGGUCGUCAAUCAUUAACAAAUUGUUGGGAUUGUCUAGCAUCAAAGGAGGGUCAAAGAUGAUGGUGUUAGAAUCAUUUCUUGUAGAAAAGCACACAGUGUUGUACAAUAAAUGCUCAUGUAAUAGUAAGGAAGAGGGACGUGGAGGCUCUGAAAGGAAGUGGUUAGGAGAGAUAAGAGAUCAAGCUGACCACCAAUGAUAUGUUGGGGUUUUGGUGUUAGUCUGAGGUACUUCAGCAUAUUCAUGAAGAAAGAAGUGUGAGAUGGGAAGAGCAAAGAAAAGACUGAAAUAGAACAGAAUGAAUUGUUUAUUUACCUUGGAAGAGUAUGUUCUUUAAAAAAAAUUCUUUGUUCAUUUUACUUAGGUUUGUUGGCUGCGUGGAUUGCAGCAACAUUUUUUUUCCCUUUUCAUUUUACUUGAGUAUGCAAAUAAUGCGCACUGUGCAGCACUCGCAUCGUCGUUACAAAGAUUUGAAUGACCUCUUUGACAAUCAGUAAUAAUGAAGCUAUGUUGUUCUUUA